AAAAAUAAUAGUUCGAGAUCAAAAAAAGAAGAAAAAAAGUUGUCAAUUAAAAAAAAAAUAGGCUUAAAAAUCAAAGCAUUUGCACUCAAAGAAGCCAAUAAAGUGUCAUAGAAAUAAAUAGAGAAUUAGAAGAAAGUGAAGCAAAAGCAAGAAGUUUUCUGAAUUAUCACAUUUGAUUGAAGGAACCGAGGAACAAUUUUAAUUGAAUUUCAUUCAAUUUGUCAAUUUGCAAAAGAAAAGAAAGAAAAAAAUUGAGAACAUUAAAAGAGCAAUAAACGAGGUUGUGUUCAAUUAUAAUUAGACAAAAAAAAACAUUUGAUAUCAAGGAAAGGAGUUUAAUUGAAUUAAGUUUUGCUAGACAAAUUUGUGUAUAUAAAGACAUACGACAAGAAAGUUCAUCAUGUCAAACAACUUACUGCUUAUGUUCAACAAGCUCUCAUUCUUGCUUACAAUCUUAAUUACAGUAUCAAUUGCAAGAGCACAAACAGAAGAAUGUGGUCAUGAGGAACUGAAUAAAUGUUCAUUGCAAGUUAACCGCGCAGCAGAAUUGAACUUUGCACCAAAACGAGAGGAAUUAGCUGAACUCUGUCCUGAUUUGGAGAAUGGGUUAAGGUGCAUUCGAAGCUAUACGAGACGAUGUAUGUCAUUGCAGAAGAGGCAACAAUUUAUGAAAUUGUAUAAAGGGACAGAACAGAUCAUCCGCGAUUUAUGUAUUGAGGGUGAAUUUCAAAAUGAAUUUUUAAAGCACUCGCCUUGUUUACAAACCGUUCGCUCACAACAUGAGAAAUGUGCAGUCAAGUAUCAGGAGACAAUGGCAUCAGUUAAUAUGCCCAAAGCAAAUCAUUCGCAUAUGCAUCAUGAGCAUCACCAGCACAAUGAUGAUGUUAAAAAAGUUUGCUGUUCAUUUAGAGAGUAUUUGGACUGUUCAGAGCAUGUAACACGUCGCACAUGUGGUCAUGAGACUGGAACAUUUAUUCGAGGCUUUUUGAAGAAAAUGUCAAAUACACUGGAGAAGGAUUACUGUGAGGAAUAUUAUAAAGAAGGAGUCAAUCAAUGUCCAAAUAUAUUCUCAUCAGCCGUAUCUAUAGGAAGCAUAUCAAAUGUGGUAAAAUCACUUCUAUUACCUAUACUCAUUGUUUUUGUUAAUAUGAGAUAAAGUGAAGGUAUUUGUAGUAAAAGCCACACAUUUUGAACUCUCAAUCUCUACUCCCAUCUAUCUUUUUUAUACAUAAACACAUACCUAAGGAAAAAUGAAUGAAUAGUAUUUUAAAUUGUUAAAUCCAUGGCAAUAUGUCUAUUUUCUACUUUUUCUAUUUACAUGCUGAUAUAAAAUAGAGUUUUAAACUUGUUUGCUAGCUAUCUCAA